GUAAGAUUCUCAGUUUCAGCAGUAAAUCUAAAUCUACAGAUUAUGUCUGUAGAUAAAGGCUGACUCUCUAUAAAUGGAAGUGAAAUAUAUGGCUGUUUAGUUUUUCACAUGAUGAUGAUUCUGAUAAUGUUUUUGAAAAAAUAAGGAGUGGCAUGCUAAACGAGCAUUUCUCUAGCAUGUCACUUCAUGCUGUUUAAAUGCCCAGACUGGUACACCUUCAGCAGCUCUUUCCGUUCCUAUUUCCUAUCUGUUCCCCUGAGCUGGCAGUUUUUUGAUCGGAAGGCUGAAAUAAGCAUGACUCAGGCCACUUUCCUAGAAGCUGAACUGCAGCAGCUGGAGUGUCACUUCACUUGGGAGCUGAAAAAAGAAGACACAGAUAUCACAGAAGUUCUAAACAGACUGGAAAACCAUGAGACGUUAUGCUUUGGAGGAAAAGCAGGACUUGCACAGACAUACAAUUCUUUAGCAUAUGUAAAGUACCUUCUAGGGUCUUCUACAGAAGCGCUCACCCACUUGCAAAAAUCCAUGGAGCUCACCAGAGAGUUUCACAAGGAUAAUUGUGACAAGUGGCUUAUAGUCAUUUAUGGCAAUCUGGCUUGGCUACAUCACCACAUGAAAGAUUACAGUGAAUGUGAAAACUAUCUACAGAAGCUCAGAGAGAUUGCAGAGAAAUUUCCACCUGAUUCUCCAUCUACUCUUCAUCAUGAAGUACUUGGGGAAAAGGCCUGGGCUUUAUUCAAGUUCUCCUUCCAUUUCUAUGAAAGAGCUAAAGAUUGCUUCAAGAAGGCUUUGGAGUUGGAGCCCACUAAUCCCUCCUGGAACACUGGAUAUGCCUUUGUGCUCCAUCGAACAGAGAAAAAUGUGUCCUUCUCCAGUGCAGAUGAGUCCCCAACUAUUCAACAGCUGCAUCUGGCCAUAGACACAGAUCCAGAGAAUGAUGAACUGAAAGCUCUCCUGGCACUGAGGCUGGGUAAAUUUGGCCAGUUUGAUGAAGCUGAGAGUUUGGUGGAGAAAGCUCUGGAAGGUUCUCCCAAUGCUCCUAAUGUCAUUCGUUAUGUAGGUAAAUUUUUGAGGAUUUACGGAUGUGUAGAUAGAUCAAUUGACGUGCUGAAGAGAGUAUUGGAGAGCUUUCCCAACUCAGGCUUCUUACACCAUCAGAUAGCACUCUCCUACAAGGUGAAGAAAAUAUCUUUCCAAAAAACUGAAGAUCAAGAUUCCCCUAGUGUUGCCAGUGAGAUUCAGAGGCUUCGUCAUCAGUGCAUCUGUCAUUUGGAGGAGGCCACUACACUGAAGGGCUGCUUCAUCAAUGCUAUGAUGGAGCUAGCGAUACAGUAUGGGGAGGACGGCAUGCUGGAUCGCGCAGAAGAGCUGUUUCAGGGUACUCUGCAGAUGGCCAUAGAAAAAAACGAUUUUCUACAACAAGUGUACUACUACUAUGGGGAGUUCCUGCACUAUAGAAAGAGGUGCAUUCCCCUGGCCAUCAACUACUAUAAAGAAUGUCUUCAGAUGACCCAUGAUUCAGGACAUUGGAAGAAAAGUGCUAAAAACCUGACCAAGAUAGCUAAUGGAUAUUUACUGAAAAACCCCCAUGAUUCAGAGGCCUGGAGGAUACUGGGAUUCAUCCAUAAGAUAAAGGGAGAGAACAGCGAGGCCAUAGAGUGCUUUGAGAAAGCUCUGCAAUUUGAAGACAGUGAUGAUGAGUACAUCAGUGAUCUGUUUGACAUAAAGCUAACCUUGUAAAAAAAAUAAUGUAAUAAGUAUUAAUAUUUGUAAUGAAGAUGUAGUAGUCUGAAUAUGCUGAAACUCUGGCCGGAGGUUUGUUUCCUCUUUCAUGAAUUACAGAUGACAACCACUGCCAUUUCAUUUUAUGUAUUUGGACAUUAUCUUGGAAAAGCAUCAAACACUGAUUUAUGAUGUACCUGAAUUGUAUAACUAAACACUGCCCUAUUCUG